AUGAUGAGAAUCUCCAUUUUCACUCAUCUUUUUCACAUCCUUUAUUUGCUUGCACUAAACACCGCACCCUUACAUGCAAACAAAGAAGAAGCUGAAGCUCUCUUAAAAUGGAAGAUCAAUGGCGUAUCAUCAUCAUCUACUUCUGUACUAGAUUCCUGGUCUGUAGAGAGCCUCACAAAUGUGUGCAGUUGGGAGGGCAUCAUCUGUAACUCAGAUGGUUCUAUUUCAGAGCUAAAUCUACCUCAUGGAAACAUCAUAGGUACACUUGAGCCCCUCGCUUUUUCCUUACUUCCUAAUCUUACUCGCAUCAAUCUUAAUAACAAUAGUUUGAGCGGAAUGAUACCAUCCGCUAUCAGCACCCUCCUUAAGCUCACUUUUCUAGAUUUGAGCCAUAACAACCUAAAGGGGGCAAUACCAGUAGAGGUUGGUCAGUUGACAGAGCUCAGGUACUUUAGUUGUUUCAAAAACUUUUUGGACGAUGUGAUUCCAUUUGAAAUUAGCAAUCUCCAAAGAUUGAGGUACCUGGAUCUGGGAGCGAAUAAUCUGGAAACUUCCAAUUGGUCUAAAUUCCAUGCUAUGCCUUUGUUGUCGCAUCUCAACCUCCGUGCUAAUGAGUUCACAUUGGAUUUUCCAAAAGACUUGAUAACAAGUUGCCCAAACCUGUCUUACCUUGAUUUGUCAAAAAAUCAUUUUACCGGCCAAAUCCCAGUAUCUGUGUUUUCCAAACUAGAGAAGCUGGAGCAUCUUGAUCUUGGUAAUAAUUUCUUCCAAGGACCUUUUCCCAUUAGUCUUACCAACUUGUCUAGUCUUAAAUUUCUUCGUCUUUCAUGCAACAACCUUUCUGGUACAAUUCCGGAUGAAAUUGGUUUGAUCACCAGUCUUCAAGCACUGAAAUUGUACAAUAAUUCAUUUCAGCGGAAGAUUCCGCCUUCCAUUGGAAGCUUGAAACAUCUUCAGUUUCUUUCUCUUGGAAUGAAUUAUCUGAAUUCUAUGUUACCCUUUGAACUUGGGCUAUGCACAAAUCUUGAAAUCUUGCUUCUAGAUAAUAACUUUCUAACAGGCAAGUUGCCUCUCAGCAUGGCCAAUCUUUCCAAACUAGUUGAGUUAGAUUUAUCUUCCAAUAUUCUUUCAGGUCCGUUAGUACCACACCUCAUUGCUAACUGGACACAAUUAACUUCCUUGUUUAUAAGCAGAAAUAAUUUGUCUUGUCGCAUUCCCUCAAACAUUGGGGAUCUGCAAAAGUUGUCUGAACUUAACCUUGAAAAAACCCACCUCUAUGGUCCGAUUCCUCCAACAAUUGGAAAUUUGACAGAGCUCAUUCUGAUAGAUCUUUCAGAUAACUAUCUUAGGGGAUCAAUACCAUGGGAAGUGGGAUAUUUAACAUCACUAUCUAUUGUUUCCAUAAAUACCAACUUGCUUCAUGGACCUGAUACCUUAUCAGUCUUUUGCAAUGUCACAUCUCUUUCAGUCCUUGUUAUAGGCUUUAACAAAUUGAAUGGACAUAUUCCAAAUUGCUUGGGAAACAUCACGAAUCUAAAUAGUUUGCAACUUGAUGACAAUGAGUUUGACGGGGGUAUCCCAAAAUCACUAUGCAAUGCAUGCCACCUUCGAUUGCUUGGCCUGUCAAGCAAUUACUUGAGUGGUGUAAUUCCAACGUGCAUGGGAAAUUUUAGUAAUCAACUCUCAGUCUUGAAUCUUGACAAUAAUAAUUUGCAUGGUGCUAUGCACGGAGAGUUUUGCAGUUCAACCUCUUUCAAUUUUAUUGACCUAUCGGAAAAUAGUUUGAGUGGUGUUAUUCCACCGUGUUUGGGAAAUCUAAGCACAACAUUGUGGCUACUUGAUUUAAGCAUGAAUCACUUUUAUGGAAACAUUCCAGAAGAAGCUUUAAAGGGUGAUGUUCUGCAAGUUCUCAUCUUGGGUUAUAAUGAAUUUGAAGGACCUUUACCUCGUACUCUAAUCAAUUGCACAGUUCUCAAAGUUCUUGAUGUUGGAAACAAUGGACUAAAUGACUCAUUCCCACACUGGUUAGAUGCUCUUCCACAUUUGGUAGUGCUCAUCUUAAGCUCUAACAAUUUUCAUGGAGUAAUAGGCGGCAAUACUACCACCAAGGUUCCAUUCCCUAUGUUGCGAAUUCUUGAUCUCUCCAACAAUCACUUCACUGGGCAUUUGCCUGAAUAUUAUUUGCUGCAUUUUACUGGGAUUAUAAAUGAUAUUACUUCUGAUUUAGAAGUAACAUACUUUGAUGGCAAUAUGGUUUAUGGUCUUGGAAGUUCUAUAAUGCUAGUGGUGAAAGGGUCUGAGCUUCCCGUGGAAGAAAUUCUAAACCUCUACACACUUAUAGACUUAUCAAGUAACAUGUUUGAUGGCGAUAUUCCUAUUUCCAUAGGAAUCCUUCAUUUCCUUCGGCAUCUCAAUCUGUCUCAUAACAGGCUAACUGGCCAUAUACCAUCAUCAUUGGGAAAUCUGACAUUGCUUGAAGCACUAGACAUGUCUUGCAACGAGCUGACAGGGAAGAUUCCAUGGCAAUUCUCAAAGCUUGGAUUUCUUGAAGUACUGAACCUCUCCUAUAAUCAUUUAUUGGGAGCAAUACCCCGCAGCGGGCAACUUGAUACAAUUGCCAAUGACUCCUACCUGGGAAAUACAGCACUGUGUGGCUUUCCAUUGACUGUGGAAUGUGAAGCCAGAAAACCACAUGUGCGGUCACAAGAAGAAGAAGAAGAAGAAGAAGGGGAUUCAGGUUUUUUUAAUGGAUUUUCUUGGCAGAGUGUGACGAUAGGAUACUGCUGUUCAUUUCCAUUUGGAGUCUGUGUGGGAUAUUUUGCUUUGCGAUAUGGAAAACUCAACUGGUUGCUAAGGAAACUCAUAUGGAAGAGAAGAAAGGGUUCCAAAACUACUCUUCCAAGAAGACAUGGCAGAAGAAGAACAAAUUAAAUUAUAUUUGCAAAGAACUUUAAGUUGUUGCAUUUCAUAGGCCUUAGCUUGUGAUUGCAGGCGGACAGUUUAAAAGGGCAGCGUGCACACAAGUUCUCACCCGGCCAGCUUGGGAUGGGAACCUUUAUGGGGCAAAUUAUGCCCUGGACCCGUGUCCACAAUGAA